UUCGUUGCUACGGCAAUGAGUGAAGACUGUUUUACGGCAGGCAUGUGUAUGUAGGGAGCUUGUAGUUAGCGGAAUAGCUGUCUACUUAAAUUGUGAGAGCGCUUUUUCAACUUUGAAAUAAAAUUAUAAGAAAGCUGAGACUUGUAUCCUGGACAAAUGGACGUCGGAGAGCUCCUGAACUAUCAGCCUGAUAGGGGAGCAAAGCGUCCCAGGGGCGAAGAGGAUGGAGGAGCAGGAGGAGAUGAAGACUCCAGAGGAGGCAAGCAGCUGAAAGGGAUGAGUGCUAGAGAGCUGGCCAGAUACAGGGAGGUGGCAGGAGCAGAAGGAGGUGCUGAGAUGAGGGAGAAUGAGGAGCUGAUAGGGGACAGGAAGAUAAUCCUGGAAAAGCUGAUGGACCAGGAUGCAGAAGAACCUGAGGCAGAACUGGUCGAUGAGAGCUCAGUGAAGAAAAUGAUUCUGACCUUUGAGAAGAGGUCAUACAAAAACCAGGAACUGAGGAUUAAGUUUCCAGACAAUCCAGAAAAGUUCAUGGAGUCGGAGCUGGAUCUGAAUGACAUUAUCCAGGAAAUGCAUGUGAUUGCUACGAUGCCAGAUCUCUACCACCUGCUGGUGGAGCUGAACGCCGUCCACUCACUGCUGGGCCUCCUCAGUCAUGAAAACACUGAUGUCGCCAUAGCCGUGGUGGACCUGCUGCAGGAGCUGACAGAUAUUGACACACUGCAUGAGAGCGAGGAUGGUGCUGAGGUACUCAUAGAUGCUCUGUUGGAGGGUCAGGUGGUUGCCCUGCUGGUGCAGAAUAUGGAGCGUCUGGACGAGCAGGUGAAGGAGGAGGCUGAUGGAAUCUAUAACACCCUCGCCAUCAUUGAGAACAUGGCAGAGUUCAGACCAGGCAUGUGCACAGAGGCUGCCCAGCAGGGACUCAUGCAGUGGCUGCUCAAGAGAAUCAAGGCAAAGAUGCCUUUUGAUGCUAACAAGCUUUACUGCAGUGAAAUCCUGGCCAUCUUGCUUCAGAACAAUGACAAUACCAGAGAACUACUGGGUGAGAUGGAUGGCAUUGAUGUGUUACUGCAGCAACUAUCUGUGUUCAAGCGUCACAACCCGUCCACAGCUGAAGAGCAGGAGAUGAUGGAGAACCUGUUUGACGCUCUGUGUUCCUGCCUCAUGCUGCCCUCCAAUCGUGACCGCUUCCUCAGAGGUGAAGGGCUUCAGCUGAUGAAUCUCAUGCUGAGAGAAAAGAAGAUGUCCCGGACCAGUGCUCUGAAGGUCCUGGAUCAUGGAAUGAUUGGACCAGAGGGAACCGAUAACUGCCAUAAAUUUGUGGACAUCUUGGGGUUGCGAACAAUCUUCCCGCUUUUCAUGAAAACUCCCAAGAAGAUGAGAAAAACUGGUGUUUCAGAGAGGGAGCAUGAAGAACACGUCUGCUCCAUCAUCGCCUCCAUGCUGAGAAAUCUCAAGUCCCAGCAGAGAAGCAGGCUCCUCAGCAAGUUCACGGAGAACGACUGUGAGAAGGUUGAUCGACUGAUGGAGUUGCAUUUUAAGUACCUCGAGGCUGUUCAACAGGCUGACAAAAGGAUUGAAGGAGAGAAACAUGAGAUGGUCCGUCGUGGGGAGAUCUUGGACGACAGCAUGGAGGAUGAGUUUUACCUUCGCCGUCUGGACGCCGGGCUAUUUGUUCUUCAGUUGAUCUGCUACAUUAUGGUGGAGAUCAGCAACUCAGGAAUCUCGCAGCUACAACAGAGGGUCCAUCAAAUUCUUAACCUAAGAGGAGGUUCUGUCAAGGUAGUGCGCCACAUCAUGAGAGAGUACGCCGAGAGCAUCGGAGAUGGAAAGAGCGAUGAAUUCAAAGAGGCCGAGCGGAAGAGGAUCAUGGACCUUGCAGACAACUUCUAAGCUCACUUCUUCUCUUGCAGACGCUCACGCUUUCCCACCCUCAAACACGAAGAACCUCGGUGAUCAUCAAGCCCAGAAAAUUAAUGAUUAAAUGAACAGAAACAGCUAAAAGCAUUCGGGGGGGGGGUCAUGUGAGAAAGAAUUUAAAAUUAGAUCCCUAAGUUAAUAAUAUCCUUUUUGUCUAAUUGUCUAAGUCUUGUGUCAGAGAAUUGGUUCAGUUCCAAUGAAGAGGUUUACUGCAGACACAGUGGGAGUUGAGUUUGGAGGGCAGAAAAUUGUAUCUUGACUGAAACACCCAGCCAGCAAGACUACUCUCAGCAACAGUGCUGUUUAUUUUCUGUACUCUGGUGUUGGACGCUGCAGGAUAAUCAUGGACACAGAUUUUAAACUCAGAAAUUCCCCCCUCAAAGCUUUUUACCUGGCGAGUUUUUGUUUGGUCUGUUUUGUUUCUGUUUUUGUUUUUUAUGGAUUUAGGUGUAAAAUAUUUUCUAAUAAAAAACAUUUGGUAAUGGAA